CAACAGUGAGUUCAGUCCGCGUUCCGCGCCAAUUUUUCCCACCGAAAGUGUAUCCCAAUCGCGAACGAGUGCCGGGAGUGCCGAAUCGAGUAAUAUGCGACAACCGUAAGUAAUUAAUGAAUGUAAUCGCGGUCUUUAAUAUUCGUAAUUAUGUAUCGCGUCGCUUCGAACCGACAAGCGCGCGUUCGUCGAAAAAACAAGCUAGCAAAAACACGACCUUCAUUUGUCUCUAUGUUUAUCAAGCAUCGUAAGUGUGAUCGAGCAUCGAAAGUGUCGAGUUCGAAGUAAAUUUUCGUAUUAUUUGAGUAUUAUAUUAUAAUAGUUAGCUCUUCCUCGGUUCUACUAUAUCCGAAUAUAUUCGGAUUUGGUUAUUACAUUUUUUAUCGCAAAGCGGCGUUACGGUUUGCGUAUCUGUACGAAGUUGUCGGCGCGUAAUAAUACUUUUUCUAACAAGAAAUCGCCACAAUGUUUAUUGCAAAAGUGCCGUGUAAGAUGUCGGUUAUUCAUGUUUCGCGAUAUCCGCGAAUUGUAAGUGCGUUGUAUGUGCAUCAAAACGACCGAUUAUCAUCGUAUCGCGGUAAUUGACACGCACAGUCACAAUUAAUUUAGUAUCGAUCGCAAUUGCAACAAUCCGCGCGAGUGAAUGUAUAUGGAGCGGUAUUGAAGAUUAGAAAUGUCCAAAUAACAAAGACCAUUGUAAACGAUAAAUCUAGCAGGUCGGUACGGCCCCAACUUCCGCCGCACCAUAACGCCCCGCCACCAGGCCUGCAUUUUGAUCGCGCUGCGCUGCACGUGAUCCUCGUGUUCCUUUCGCAGUCGGAGCGCCUCUUGUUCUGCAAGGGAACCGUCCAACAGAGACUCAUCUAGACGCCCCUAAAGCAGCUGUCUACGUGCAAAAACUGAGGGGUCUGGAGCGCACGAAGGCGAGAAGAAAUGAGGUGGACGUGACACAAUGACAUGAUGAAGAGCCUGGUGGGGAUCAUGUGGAUAGUGUUGGUGCUCAUAUCAGGAUGCUCAGGAAAUCCAGACGCGAAACGAUUAUACGACGACCUCCUGUCGAACUACAACAAGCUGGUUCGUCCAGUGGUCAACGUCACAGACGCCCUCACCGUUAAAAUAAAGCUCAAGCUUUCGCAGCUCAUCGACGUGAAUUUGAAGAAUCAGAUCAUGACGACAAACCUCUGGGUCGAGCAGUCAUGGUAUGAUUAUAAGUUGAAAUGGGAGCCGAAGGAGUACGGCGGGGUGGAGAUGCUGCACGUACCGUCGGAUCAUAUAUGGAGGCCCGAUAUAGUUUUAUACAACAACGCCGACGGUAACUUCGAGGUGACGCUGGCGACGAAGGCGACUCUCAAUUACACGGGUAGGGUCGAGUGGAAGCCGCCGGCGAUUUAUAAGUCUUCCUGCGAGAUCGAUGUCGAAUAUUUUCCUUUCGACGAACAAACAUGCGUAAUGAAGUUCGGCUCGUGGACUUACGACGGCUUCCAGGUCGAUCUUAGACACAUUGACGAGGUCCGGGGCAGCAAUGUCGUCGACAUCGGCGUCGAUCUGUCGGAAUUUUACACUUCCGUCGAAUGGGACAUCCUUGAAGUCCCUGCUGUAAGGAACGAAAAGUUUUACACGUGUUGUGACGAGCCUUACCUCGACAUCACCUUCAACAUCACUAUGAGACGGAAGACUCUGUUCUACACCGUCAAUCUCAUCAUACCGUGCAUGGGGAUAUCCUUUCUCACGGUACUGGUGUUUUACCUGCCAAGCGACAGUGGAGAAAAGGUCAGCUUAUCCAUCUCGAUUCUAUUGUCGCUGACUGUGUUCUUCCUCUUGCUGGCCGAGAUCAUCCCGCCCACGUCGCUCGUGGUACCGCUGCUCGGUAAAUUCGUCCUGUUCACUAUGAUCCUCGACACUUUCAGUAUAUGCGUAACAGUGGUGGUCCUAAACGUUCACUUCCGCUCGCCGCAGACCCACGUGAUGGCACCGUGGGUCCGACGCGUAUUCAUCCACGUUCUGCCGAGGCUGCUGGUAAUGCGCAGGUAUAAUACGCCGACGCAGAGAACCGAUUACGAUUCCAGGCCGCAAUUCCAGAUAGACAAGCGUAGCAUGGGCGGUCAUCAUGGGCAUCGCGUGAUGGUCAGAACAUGCAACGGUCUCGAGCUGCGAGACCCAUCACUGUUCGUCGAGACAUCGGCCUCGGAGCUGGUCGAGUCCUCCGUGCUUUUUCCUAGUGUCGAUUCACGGGACGAGCUGCAUCCUCGGUGCGUCUCGCGUCUGAGAAUAUUUAGAACGGAGUUGGAGGCAGUAAAUUUAGGAAGCACGUGUCGCAUCCACGGUUCGCCAGCGGCAACGGCCGCGCCACCGCCACAGCUCCCGACGGAGGAGAGCGUCGACGCUCUCUGCAACACGCUUCACCAUUGGCAUCACUGCCCAGAAUUGUACAAGGCCAUCGAAGGCAUUCGCUUCAUCGCCGAUCACACGAAGAGGGAAGAAGAUUCCACUAGAGUCAAGGAAGACUGGAAGUACGUCGCGAUGGUGCUCGACAGAUUGUUCCUCUGGAUCUUCACGCUAGCCGUGGUUGUCGGCACUGCCGGGAUUAUACUGCAGGCACCAACCCUGUACGACGAUCGCAUCCCCAUCGACGUACGGCUCUCCGAGAUCGCCUCCACCACUGCCAAGCCACACAUUGUCACGAGCCUCUAAAGGACAAUUACUAAUUAUGGUAUUGCCGCGCGCGUAAACACAUAUACAAAACAAUAUACACACAAUAUACAAAACACACAUACACAACAAUCUGCUACUAUACAAGCGACAAGCGAAAUGUACUAACGUCCGAAAGACUGAAGCCUCGCUAAGUCUUCGACUUUUGCGCGAAUGUAUGUCGUUCGAAUACGCUGCGCCGGAGAAUUUUUAUUAAGACGACACGCCGCUUCUUCAUUUCACGCGCAGAAUGUUCGUUAAUCAGAAGGUUUCACACAGGUGGAUGAAUUAAAAGGAUUACUUUAUCAUCAAAUCACAAAUUUCCCGAUCAUCGACAUCAGAGAUUGACUUCCACAAUUUUUUUUCUAAUAUUUUCUACAAAGAAUAUGAUUCGCGGUGUUGACUUCAUCGUCUUAUUAAGAAUUCUCGAGCUGCAGCAAGAGAUGAGCUUUCCGCAAAAAUAUAUAGGAGGAUGGUAAAGGAAGAAGUAUCACGACAAAAAUAUGUCUCAACCAUUUGCACCCUGAUCGCGUUUGAUUCCGUGUAGCACGUGGACGAUUUAAGAAAUUCAUAAUAUAUAGGUAAUACAAUCCGAUGAAUGCAAGAUAAAUCUUCUUAUUUUUCGAAUUAAAUAGAAAAUAAAAUUGCGCGGAUCAAUAAAAUAUGCAAUUUGCU